CAUCACCAUGGACAACCUUGCACGCGCCUCCGCGAAACGGACCCGAGAGAUAUUCGCCGCCGAUUUUGCCUCGCCUAUAGCCCUCGAACACCCCUCUAAUCCCGCCUUUUCCAUAGAACCGCCAUCCACCGCAUCCAAAGACCUCGCCGAGCAGAUCAACGUCGCAGCACGAAUACGAAAUGAAUAUGAACACGUCCGCGAGCUUCCGCCUGCGCUGGCGGCAAAGAUGGCUAGCGCAGCGUCCACUGCUGCAGAGAAGCGCAGGAAAAUAAAGACGGCGAAUGCGGAAGAGCAGGCCUCAGAUCCCAAGAUGCGGAAGAUGAUCGAGGCAUCUUCUGAGAAGUUGGACAAGGCGAAGGACGCGCAGUCGAUGGCGUUGACGCUAAGGGCUGGUGGUAAGGGCGCUGCGCCGAAUGCGCAGGGACCGACACCUAUGCGCGACACCCCGUCUAGCGCGCUGGUGAGGAAGGACACCGUCAGGCCGGCACGGCCCGAAUGGCAUGCACCAUGGAAGGUUAUGAGGGUUAUCAGCGGACACAUGGGCUGGGUGCGGUCACUAGCGGUCGAGCCGGACAACCAGUGGUUUGCUAGCGGUGCUGCAGACAGAACGAUUAAGAUUUGGGACAUCGCUUCCGGUACCUUGAAGCUGACAUUAACCGGCCACAUAUCAGCUGUUAGGGGUCUCGCCGUAUCUCCCAGGCAUCCUUAUCUCUUCUCUUGUGGCGAAGAUAAGCAAGUAAAAUGUUGGGAUCUUGAAACCAAUAAAGUCAUCCGGCAUUACCACGGCCAUCUCAGCGGUGUUUAUACCCUAAGUGUACACCCCACGCUCGAUGUACUAGUUACCGGAGGGCGAGAUGGAGUCGCUAGAGUAUGGGACAUGAGAACACGCACGAAUAUCCACGUCCUGAGCGGCCAUAAAGGCACAGUCUCCGAUGUCAAGUGUCAAGAGGCCGAUCCGCAGGUCAUAACGGGCUCCAUGGAUAGCCACGUUCGAUUAUGGGACCUAGCCGCUGGGAAAUGUUCGGCGGUCCUGACGCAUCAUAAGAAAGCUGUGCGAGCUCUAACCCUCCACCCUACCGAAUGGACAUUUGCGUCAGGAAGCUCGAGUUCUAUCAAGCAAUGGAAGUGCCCCGAAGGCGCCUUCAUGCAGAACUUCUCCGGCCACAACUCCAUCAUCAACACACUCUCCGUCAACGAAGACAACGUCUUCUUCUCAGGCGGCGAUGACGGCACAGUCUCCUUCUGGGACUGGAAAACAGGCCAUCGCUUCCAGGCCUCCGAAUCAAUCGCACAGCCCGGCUCACUCGACGCUGAAGCCGGCAUCAUGUGCUCCACGUUCGACAAGACGGGGCUGCGUCUCAUCACCGGCGAGUCGGACAAGUCGAUCAAGAUAUGGAGAGAGGACGAGAAUGCGACGGAAGAGACACACCCUCUGGACUGGAAACCGACUCUAGGCCGCCAAAAGUUCUAGAGUCGUUAUACGGGCAUAAUAGAGCCAGGUGGCUCCGCGAGACCACGUGAAGCCGGGUCGAUUCUUUGGUUCCCAGCGCGGAUUUUUGUUAAGGGCACGAGCGCCGCGGAGGACAGCAUUUGAGGUAUAAUGUAUGCAUCUGGCGUUAUAUGGACGAAGGCCUUCAGGGUCGGCUACUGUCACGAUGACAGCGUACGGAAUGUGUAAACUGUACAAAAGUUGGAGAACAUGAUACCCCUUAUAAUCCAC